AUUCACCCACACUACCAUUUAUGCCACGGAAAGUACACCAUCUACAUUCACUCAUCAUCACCAUCUUCCCCUACAAAUCCCCAUUCACAUGCAAUCUAACCCACAAUCCACCAUGUUCCUUCACACCCUUCUCUUCUUCCUCCUCACCGGACUUCACUUUUCCCAUGCGACUGAACCACCACCGGUGGCGGCGGAGACAAUGAUGGUCCCAUUGAUAGAGCCCGGAAAGGGGGGAAUGAUGAUGGGUUUGGUGUUAAAUGACAGUCGCCGGAAACUUGGGAGUUUCAAGAUUUGUUCACUGUGUACUUGCUGCUCCGGCGGUGGCGGUGGCGGUGGCGGUGGUGGUGGUGGUAAAGGGUAUUGUUUGCCUUCACCUUGUUGUUAUGCUAUCAAUUGCAAUAUUCCAAAUAGGCCUUUUGGCUUUUGCUCUUUUACUCCAAAGACUUGUAAUUGCUUUGGGUGUCAUCUUUGAUUAGACCCUAAAAUCUUGUGAUUUUUUUUAGUUUGAUUUUGAGGGGUUUUUGAUUGGGUUUCAAUGUUUGAUGAAUGUGGAUUGGUGGCUACUUCACAUUGUUAGGAUUUUAUUAUAUUAUAAUUAAUUAUAUAAUGGAAAUCUAGUUUGUAAUUUAUGUUUUGGAUGAUUGAUUACAAUCAUGUUAAUUUUAGUGUACUGACAUUGUGUUUUGAAA